AUGAAGGAAGAGAUUGCGGCCACUGUGUUCUUCAUUACGAGGCUCGCAAAGAAACAGGGAAAACUGGACAGACGGAGCAGAGAGAGGUUCGCAGCCGAGCUUACUUCAGCCCUUUUUGAACAAUACAAGACCCACUGGUACCCGGACAAUCCUGCCAAAGGCCAGGCCUACCGGUGUCUGCGAAUGAACAAAGCCCAGAGGAGGGACCCGACAAUAGAACGAGCCUGUCGGCAGAGCGACAUCGAGUACGAGGACCUGGGACUGCCGAAGGAGAUGACCAUCUGGGUGGACCCUUUCGAGGUGUCCUGCAGGUACGGCGAGAAGACCACGCCGUUCUGCGUGGCGCAGCUGGAAGGCCAGGGCGAGGACGGCGAGUUCUCCCGCAGAAUAAACAACGCCGUGGAGAGGGCCUCCUCGGACUACCAUUCGGGGACGUCGUCCGACGAGGAGGCUGGAAACAGCAACAGCAGCAUCAACAGCAGCAUCAGUAGCAGCAGCAUCAGUAGCAGCAGCAGCAGUAUAGCCGAACCCAAGACCAUCCCUACCGUGAGCAACCCCAACAGCGUCUACCAGGCCAAUGAGUUUGCUCCAGCGCCUCUGCAGUCUUGGGGGCAGUACCAGAAGAGGAAGCCCUACCCUGGGGAUGGCUACCAGCAGCACCAGUCUACCCCGGGGUAUUACCCCCAACAUAAAGCCUUCAAAAACUACAGGCCUUCCUUUGCCUUCUCUGGACCUCGAGUGGACCGGUACCACUGGGUCAGCAAGAACCGCUCCUAG